UGGAAACUGAGGAGCGCGAACAGGUACGUAGACACACUAAUACGUAUUACGCAAAUGUUGAACUCGGUGAGAAUGUAUCGUCCUACCAGCCGCUUUUUGACGUUAUACGCCAAACAAAUAUAUUCACAUAGAAAUAAAUCAAUACAAACAAGUUCUGAAACUAAUGAGUCGCCAUUAAAUGGGAUCCGGGUCAUAGACUUGACUAGGAUUGUGGCGGGGCCUUAUUGUACAAUGGUUCUUAGUGAUUUGGGUGCUGAAGUGAUUAAAAUCGAACGUCUUGGAACCGGAGAUGAGUGCAGAAAAUGGGGCCCACCUUUUGUAAACAACACUCAAGAGACCUGUUACUUCAUGGCUGUCAAUAGAAAUAAAAAAAGUGUCUGCGUUGAUUUAAAACAGCUACAAGGUAAAAACAUACUGUAUGAAAUGUCCAAAAAGAGUGAUGUUCUUGUGGAAAAUUAUGUACCUGGUAAAUUAGAUGAACUGAUGUUAGGAUAUGAAGAUUUUAAAAAAGUUGCUCCUCAUCUUAUAUAUUGUUCUAUCACUGGAUAUGGUUCAGAAGGGCCUUAUAAGAAUAGACCUGGGUACGAUGUAAUAGCAGCAUCUAUGGGUGGAUUGCUACAUUGUACUGGACCUAUAGAUGGGGAGCCUGUCAAAGUUGGAGUUGCUAUGACAGAUAUUACAACCGGUCUUUACGCUCAUGGUGCAAUCAUGGCGGCCCUCAUCAAACGAUCCAAAACCGGCCUAGGCCAAAAAAUAGACUGCAAUCUACUAUCAACUCAAGUAGCAACAUUAAUCAACUUAGGCUCAAAUUACCUUAACGCUGGAAGGGAAGCCAAAAAAUGGGGUACAGCCCACGAAAGUAUAGUACCGUACGAAGCUUUCCCAACCAAAGACGGGUUCUUUACUAUCGGUACUGGUUCCGAAGCUCAAUUUAAAGAUUUUUGCCAGAGAAUAGGACACCCUGAAUUGGUGGCAAACGAAAAAUAUUUAACAAAUAAUUUACGAGUUCAAAAUAGAAAUGAACUGCUGGUACAUCUAAGAUCGAUUAUCAAAACUAAAACGAAAAACGAAUGGUCUAAAAUUUUCGAAGGUGCUUCUUUUCCUUGUGGUCCUGUCAACACUCUUCAGGAAACUUUCGAUGACCCGCACAUCAAAGAUAUCAAAUUGAUCGAAUCUCUUGAUCACCACAUAGCUGGUAAGGUGAAAGUUGUUGGACCUCCAGUAAAAUACGGGGGAGGUGGUAAUUUCGUUAGAAGUGCUCCGCCCAGUUUGGGGCAACAUACAAGUGAAGUUCUAAGUGAUGUGUUAGGUUUAAGCAGUGACGAAAUUGAUGAUUUGAAAAAAAGAAAAGUUGUGCAAUAGACCUUUGUUGAGUUACUAUUUUUAAAUCGUAUUUAAACAAACAGGUCACUUGCCUAUAUAGGUUUUUUUUUUAUUUGAUCGAGACAAUGGUUUUUGUAUUAUGUAGGUUUUAUGCACGUAUAAUUCCACCUGUAUUUUCUAUGUUAUUUCAAGGUUGGACUGGAGUUAUUUACUAAUUAAAUUAUGAUUAAUGUUAAUUACUGAAGGUAAAUGGAAUUACUGUGUCACAUCAUUUUUUUUAAAGAAUUCCUGUUAUGGUACCUAAGAGAAAUGCAUUUUUACCUAAUAUUUCAGGCUUACAAAAAGCACCUGCUAACUGAUUUAAAUGUUAACGAAUAGAUAAAUUUUUCGUUUUUAGGAUUAUAUUUUGAGAUAAUAAUAUAGUUUAUAUGUAAGUUUUAUUAUUGUACAAUCAAAUAAAGACUAUAUAUAAUAUGUUAUAACA